ACCUAGAUGAACCAGUUCGUAGCGAACCGUUGGCACGAUAAGAUUAGCAAUCAUGGCCAGUUCGUCGGAUGUGAACCGAGCUCUCGAGGCGUGCGGAUAUUCUUCGGUGGGUGGUGAUCUGGCCGGAAUCAUCGCCAGUGGCGUGAAUCGAGCCACCGGAUCGGACCGAAACGAGGCGGCCAUGUUUACGGCGCAGCUGAUCCACGAGAGUGGCGGAUUUCAGUUCAGGGAGGAGCAGGAUGGAGCUAAUCAGAAAUAUAGACCGUACUACGGCCGUGGCUUUAUUCAGCUGACCCACGACUACAACUACAAGGAUGCGUCUCAAGAUUUGUACGGCGAUAAGCGGCUCAUGAGUGAUCCCGGUCUGGUGAGUCGCGACGACAAAACUUCGAUGGAUGUGUCGGUGUGGUUUUGGCAGCAUAAGGUCCGCCCUGAAAAUGGGCCAAGUCAGAACAACUUUGGUCUUACGACCAAGGCCAUCAACGGAGGGAUUGAGUCCAGCUCGAGCCAUCCGUCGGCAGUCAAACGGUACAAGCACUACCGAGCUAUUGCCAGCGCGUGGGGAAUCAACAACGUUGCCAUCAAUCAGUACUAAGUUGACGUAGUUUGAAUAAACUGAAAAUGUAUAGUUUUAUAGGUUGCAAAAUCUUUUUUCAAUCAAGAAGUAAGGAAAUUGAUGCUCAAUAAAGAAAAUUAUUUGAAAUAAAACUUUCUUCCUAAAGCA